AUGGCCAGGGUGGUGUCCUGCCCACCGCCACAGCCCCAGUCCGCCAUGCUAACCACCCUGUGCCUGCUGCUCAACCUCGCCACCCCCUUGCUGGGGUUCUAUCCUUCCUUCAGCUGUCCCAGUGAGAAGCAAUGCCAAACCGCCCUCCUCUCAGACAAUGACAUCUUUUUGCUCUGCAACUCUUCUGGGGCACAGUGGAACUUCUUCUUCAUGAACAACAGGGCCAACUGGCCCAACAAAGUCUCCAGCGUUUCCAACAUAGAAAUAAUACCUGGAACCGGCAUUCUCAUUAGGAGUCCGUUGCCCUCCCAGACAGGCUUCUAUCACUGCCAGGACGAGAAUGGCAUCCAGGUGGUGCAAUACGAGGUUGACUUCCAGGAUGUCAGCACCCUGCAUAUUACACACAAAGGCCUGGGCCAGAAGCCCCUGCAGAAUGACACUCUGAGUCUGGGUGGCGACGAGCUCAUCUUCACCCGCUGGGAGCCCUGGCAGGACUGUAACCGCUGUGGGGAGCCGGGCGAGCGGAAACGCCUGGGGUACUGCUACAUCGAGGAGCCCCUGCAGAAACCCGUGCCCUGCUGGCUCUACCUGGGGGAUCUGAACAUGUGGUCCACCCGCCUGCGACCUGAGAUGCAGGUGGAAACCUGCCAUGUCCCGUGCAAAACAUCAACGCUGGAUUUCAUCACUUUUGACAACUUUGAGAUCAGCGAGGAGUCAGAAUCCGUGUGGCUCACCUGCCCCCUGGGAUCCAUCUACAGGCCCAUCCUCUGGGAAGCCAACGACAUGCCCCUGACGUGGCAGGGCCAGCUCUCCAACCAGGACUUAAACACCGUUCUGGAACCCGCCAACGGCGGCAGGCAGCUGCGGGUCUUCCAGCCAGCCAUCUACAAGUGCUUCGUGCAGCAGGAGCUCAUGGCUCGGUUCAACCCCAGGCCCUUUCCUGACGUGCCGGAGGCCCUCAGGGAGGAGGAGGCAGGCCAGCAGCAGGGGGCGAGGGAGGCCUCGAAGGGGAAGGCCGGGCCUGUCCUCAAGGGGCUGAAGUUGACGCUGCUGGUGGGCAUAGUCCUGGGGCUGCUGGGGCUGCUGCUCAAGUUCUUCCACCAUUCCCAGGGCAAAAGAAGUGACCAGGUGCUGCUGGUGAAAUAA